UUUUGAUGUGAAGUGCAAACAAGAACAGGAGCAUCCUGAAGGCUUCAUGCGUGGAUCAGAGGACAAGCCCAAAUAACUAUGAAAAUAAUAUUUUAAAACAAUUUCAUCAAAGAACUGCACAGAGUUGAGAAUGGUAGCUCAUGUAGAAAUGCGACACUUCAGCAGUCCAAUUGCUGUCAGGCAAUCAAGCGUAUAGUCAAAAUGUCUGACAGCAAUGAUGUGUGGGAGUCUGCUGACAGUGGGACAGUGCAUGGCAUCGAGGACUCACAGGACACAAGCGAGUUCUCUGAACAUGAACUCCUUGACAUCAUGUAUAAUGCAUGCAACACCUCCAACACAGGAGAAGUGUUGGCGUCGUCCAUCUUACAAUACCUGCAGAAGGUGACCUCCCAGAGUCCAGAGCAGAGUCGUCUGACAUCCCUCCAGUGUUUGCUGGACCCCGAAUGUCAAGACCCCAUCGUGAGCAGAGAGAUGUUCCACCUAAAUAUGAAGGAGUGGAUCGCUCAGUGCAGCCAGGACAGUGCUGGUGUGGACAGUGCUGGUGAUGCAUCUUAUCCAGACUCUUCAGUUGUGCCUGUGAAAGGACUUGAAUUCUCGUGCUCGACUAAGACUGCCUCUGCUGACAGCCAUCGGUGUGCCUGUGAUGGAAAAGACCUAUCGGCAGCAGUGUCAGAGCUGAAGCAAGCUCACCGCAAGCUGAGCGAGCAGAACAGCAGCCUGCUAAGGACGGUGGCUCAGUGUGAAGACGUCAACAUGCAGCUCACACUGGAGAUCACUGAGCUGCGUGCAAAGUUGGCCAGUUCCCAGAGGUCAGCUGUUCGAGCCCGAUCCGUAACAGAGGAACUGGAAGAGACCCGUCGAGCCUUCAAGGAGGCUCAGGAAAGAGCCAGCCGUGCCCAAGCCAGUUGCACCAAGCUGAGCAAUGAGGUGGAAUGCCUGAAGGUUCUCAUAAGGAGGCUUGAGGACAAGAAUGAAAAACUGUCCUUUGACAAGACCUGUUCUGAAGAUGGUAUCAACAAACUACGAAAGAUCAACGCUGACUUGAGGGCUGAACUUCAAGAAAGUCUCGUCAUGCUGACAGUGAAAGAGAGAGAAAUCACAAAGAAAGACAUUCUCAUGGAUAAGAUGAAGAGCUCUCACGUGGAAAAUCACAACAUCAUUGAGGGUGUGCAUGCAGAGCUGUUGAGGUUACAGGAACAUUCCCAUCAAGUUCUGUUGAGGUAUGACAGACUCUGCAUCAGCCCUCAGACUCUGUAUGGUCGAGAUCCUCCUAACCUGCGCUCUCUGCAGAGUGAGAUGCAAGACUUGCAGCAGCAGAACCACAGGGCAGUGGACGAAAGAAGCCUCUCCUCUCUUCAUACAGACGGCGAAGGCAUUCAGAGCAUCAUUCACAGGAUCAAAUCUGCAGACAUAGCUCAUCUUUUGCGUAAUAAGUAUACAGAAAAGGGCUCUUCUCCUGUUGAGACCCAGGAUAAGCCUUUUCCUCAGCACCAGCAGCAUCAGGCCAACAUCAAGAAGCAGCUUGUUAAUGUGCUGCACGAGCUGGAGCUGCAGAAGUGCGUAAGAGAGGAUAAAGGGGAGAAGGUGGACGAGCAGGUGAAAGCCUGGGAGAAGGAGCAGAAGCCAAACCAGAUUGGAAACCAGACUCCGAUACCACCAUCCAAGAAGGUGGCCAUUGUGAAGUGGUGGAAGGCCCUCAGUGUCGACGGAGCUAAAGCCCGGACUAGUGAAAGCAAGCCCAUUCAGGAGCUCGUCGAGAGGGCUCGACUCCAUCAGGCGGAGCAGACCAUCUCUGAUAUGAGGGAGCAGGUCUGUCACCUGCAAGAGUCUCUUCAAUCUGCACAGACAUGUCUGGCUGAGCAAAAAAGCAGCAGCAGCAGAGCUGUAUUAGUUAACAAGGAAACCAACACUGAGAGAGAGGAUGCCAACACAGCUGGUGGAAAGUGUGUGAGGGAGCAGAGGGAUGCAGCAGUGGCCACAGAUUUUGUUCACAUCUCAGGUGGAGAAGCCUCAAAGCAGCAACAAUCAAAACUUGGAGUAACUGCAGACGGACUGUUAGUGUCCCUCCAAAGAAUGGAAGCCAUGGUCAACAGCGCCAUGGGGUCGGCCAAACUCGUGAAAGAGAACGAGCAGAGAGUGAGCCAGGUGAGGGCGAGGAUGGAGAGCAUCGCAGAGAGGGUGGAGGCAGCUCUAAGACGAGCAGCCGAUACUGACAAGCAGCUGAACAUGCUGCAGACUCGCAUCAUGGAAACAACUGUAACUCAGCCCUGUCCUGAGCUUCUAGCAGAUGCAGACUCUUCAAUUGAGUGCGUGUCACAGGAUAAAGAACUAAUGGGAAGUCCUCCACCUCCGGUUCCUGUAAUCCUGGAAGCCAGUGAGCCUCCACAGCUUCCAAUGAAUGGUGACAAAGAGCAAGACAACUGCAACGAGGUCCAAAAUAAGGUGCAACAGAGAGAAAGAACACUUUUUCACCAAAACGGCAAAGACGACUGCACUGCUGAGGGUGCAUUUGUUUUCCCCCUCACCCGCUCCCGCCCCUGCCUGCUCCCUACCAUGCCCACACUGCCUGAGGAAGAGGAAGACUCCCCAGAGGAGUUGGACAGUUCUUCAAGCUCUCCCAGUACAUGUCCAGCUGGUGAGAGUGGAGCUGUAGAAAUGACUGGCCCCACAAUCAUCUACCCACAGCAGGCUUCCAUUGUCCAACAAGAUGGACGUCCUCUACAGCAGGCUAGGCCACACAGUCCCAGAUCUCGUCUGGCCAGAAACUCCACGGGAGGACCAAUCACCACAGUUGACAGUACAGGUCAUGUGAUCGAUCUGGUGAAGGAUAAGCUGCCGGAGAUGCAGCUCUCUGAGGAGGAUCGCCAGAAGAAUCUGCAGCUUCUGGAACAAGCCAAAAAGGUCAGCGACCGCUUCCUCAUGCGCCGAGGCCGCCGUUCUACCAGCAGCCUUUCCGACUCUCCCACAGUUUUGGGAUUCCCUGAUGUGAACUGCAGCUCACAGUCUGUUAGUCAGCAUCUGGACGUUGCCUCAGUCAGAGGACAAACGGAUGCGCCGACUCAGGAUCAGGAGGGCAGCAGACUGGUGGUAGACUGGAAGCUCACAGAGAAGAGAAAAGUCUCUUCUGGGACAUUAACGCCACGUUAUGCCAUUCCAAAAGAACCCUGUGAACCCAAAAGUCCCCAAGGAACCAAUAAAAGCGAUGAAGGAGCCGGCUCAGGGCGAAAUUCCAACCAGGCCCCGGCCACAGGGGUCGCCAAGCCCGUCCCCCGGCCCCCGACGCAACAGGCCCCCUGCACAGCCGAGAUAAAGACCAUUGGAGCCUUUCCACCACUAAUGAGGGCUGUUUCCUGGGAUGCUGUUGGAGGCAAUAACCCCAGAAACGGAGCAGAGGACACAAACUCGGACAAAGCCAGAGAUGGCGUCUUUAAAUCCUCAGGGCUCAAGGAGCUUACGAUGCCCAAACUGUCUAAAUUCAGAGAGGAGCACAAGCUCAUGCGUAACCAAAGCAUAGGUGGAUCCAAGUUACCGGAAUUGAGUGAAGCUGUGGAACAGGAAAAAGGACCUGCUUCCUCUUCACACUCGACAACCAGCAGCGAUGAAGCCAAGUCUGACGCCAUGCCAAACAUCUCUGACGUCAUGUUAAGAAAACUCAAACUUCACCGUGGCCUCCCAGGCUGUCCACCUCCGCUCACGGAAAAGGAAGUUGAGAAUGCAUUCGUCCAACUAUCACUGGCUUUUCGUAACGACAACUACACUCUGGAGACCCGCCUCAAACAGGCAGAGAGGGAGAGGAACCUGACUGAGGAAGAUACACAGAAAGAACUUGAAGAAUUCAAAGGCGCACUGAAGAUGACUGCCCCACAGUGGCAGAACCUGGAACAGCGUGAGGCCUACCAGCGGAUCAUAGAGACGGUCGCAGUGCUGCACCGGCUGGCCACUCGCCUCUCAAGCAGAUCAGAAAUAGUUGGAGCAGUUCGACAGGAAAAACGCAUGAGCAAGGCUACCGAGGUCAUGAUGCAAUAUGUCGAAAAUCUCAGGAGGACGUAUGAGAAAGACCAUGCUGAGCUGAUGGAGUUUAAGAAGCUGGCCAACCAGAACUCCAAUCGCUCCUAUGGAGGGUCUGUAGAAACUGGAGAUGAAGGAGUUCCUCGGCCAUCAAGAUCUAUGUCGCUCACUCUUGGAAAGGCCCUGCCCAGGCGCAGAGUGAGUGUUGCUGUGGUGCCUAAGUUUAACCUCCUGAACAUCCCGGGUCAGACGCUACCCAUAGUCUGCCCCAACAUGCCAUUAGCUUCCAUUCCUGGUGCCGCUCUUUCUGCCUUGAAUGAAGUGAAUGAUGCGAAAGGAAAUUCAUCACCAGAUUCCACACAACAGACGACAACUGAGUGUGGAAAGAGCGUGACAGAGCAGGAAGGCGAGGCAGCCAAGCCUGCAGUCAACCUAGAGGAGAUCAGAGCUGAGAUCAGGGCAGAGCUCAAGGCAAAGCUGGAGGAAGAGGCGUACAAUAAAGGCUACCAAGAAGGACUAAAGCAAAACAAAGCCAUCCAGGAAGAAAAGAAAGUGGAGGAAGCUGCAGAGAAGUUGUUGGAAUCCAAAAUUAGGGAUGAAGAAAGUGGAAAAAAGAUGGAAACAAGCAGGAGGAUGGAGGAAGUCAUGGUUCUUCUGUGCCGCCUCUGCCCGAAAAUUCCAUGGAGUAAACGACUUCUCUGGGUGGUCCUGCUGGUCUUUCUGGUUAUGUGUUUGGUUAUCAGCAUUUUCACCUUCUUCAGUGACUACUACAACAGGCGUGAGGACACAUAAGAACAAAAGUAAAGGCAAAAACACAAUGUUUGAGCCAAAUAAUUGUUGUUUCCGUUGAUGUAUGAAUCCAUGACACGGUAGCUUUGACAAGGAGGGAUAGAAAUAACUAAACACAAGAGUUACUACUGUUACUUAUAGGGACCAAAUACAGUUCUGGUACUUGUGAAUAUGAUGACUAUAGCACUCUUGAUAUAAAGUACUGCAGUAGAUUACAGUAUGUCUCAGGUCCAAUAAUAUAUAAAAAGACUCUUGAGUUAUCACCAGCUGAUUUAAAGCUAUAGAACAUCAGUUUUUAAUAUAAUUUAUAUAUUAUGUAUUUGAAACAUUUCAAAAUACCAAAUUAGUUUUAUAGACUGCAAUAUUUCCUUGCAAUCUGUUUUGGAUUUGUGCCAUUUUGGAUUGCAUCUUCAGAGCACUGAGAGAUGUUACACUCAGUUUAUUUAUAUACAAUAUCUUCUUUCUCACACGUGUGUCUAAUUGUGCUGUCAACUCUGCAGAGAUUCGCUCUGACACUUC